AAACAAACAAACAAACAACCCAGUACGUCCAUUUAACAACAAUGCAAUUUGUAAUCAAUUUUGUGCGAGAAGUAUGAUUUAUUUACAUUUGUACAAUCAAUGUUUGAACUGAUAAUAAUAACAACUGACCGUGUAGUUGAUGUUCAUUGCCGAAUCUGUUUAAUUGUUUUCUUUUAAAGAAAAACAACUCAACUUAAAUUAGUAUUAACAACUAAGAAACUGACGUGUAUGAAGAAAUCAUUCAACUAUCAAAAUAAUAUUGGCCUAGAAGUUAUUGCUCCCCCCCCCAAAAAAAAAAAAAAAAAAAAAAAAACAUAGUCAGUGCACUAUAUCUUUGUUGCUUGAACACCCAUUUCAAAUUAAUUUGUAGCCCUAAAUAAACAAUCAAGUCUGCAUCUAAAUAAUCCACAAUGCUUUAUCGGUAUUCACCUUCAAUCUCUAAUUUUCGUAACUUGCUACAUUAACUGAAAACGGGUAAAAACACUAAAAAGGUAAAACAUUUCAACUUUUGAGUUUUUUUUUUACAGAUUUUUGUCAUUAUUUUCACUUUUUCUUCCGUGAUCAAAACUAUUAAAACUACGAUAGGUAGAGGGAAACGGUCGUCAAGAUUUCAUUUUGUGAACAAAAACAUUACAUUUUAAACUAGAAAGUGAAAUAUUUACCCUAAAAGUAAAGUCACAAACACAAGAUUCCAACAGUGAUCCAUUUUGAAGCCUGACUCAUGAAUUAUUCAUGAGUUGUUUCCAGGGCGUCCGUAAUGAGUAUAUAUAGCGCGGGAUGACGUCAGUGUUUUGAACCAAUGUAGAAAACCAGCGUGGUGUGACCGUAUGACAUUGCAUCACAACACAAAGCAGCUGCAGAAUAAUACCAUCAAACUGAACUCUAUUUUGCUCUCUCGAAGCAACGGGCUGUGUUACUGUGAUACUUUCUUGAGGUUGGAACAUCAUAAUGGCUGACUCUACUGUAUUUGAGAAUGGUGGUGAUGAAGAAACAGGGAAGAGGGUCCGGUCUGUGGCGACUCACCCAAAAACUAUCGACAUGCUUAUGGAGGCUUUACGAGACAUCGACACCAACCCACGGAAGGGUACCAGUGUCCCUUCUGUGAAGAAAUGGAUAGGUGCCAAUUAUCCGGAAGCUAAACUAGGGGUACACCUCAAGAAUGCAUUCACGAAGGCACUUGCAACGGGUGCUAUCGAAAGACCCAAGGACCAGGCAGACGUGACAGCGGUUCUCGUGGGACGAUACAGGCUUGGCAAACCGCCUAAACCUGCUGCUAAGGUACGCGCCAAGAAGGAGGCGGCUGGGGCGAAGGCUAAGAAAACAGCGAAGGAGAAAGUGGCCGAGAUUAAACGCGGACGGUCGGCAUCACCGAAGGCUAGCGCCAAGAAACCCUUCCCCCGGCCUAGGGCUCGUUCGGUGAGCGCUACCCCAAAGGUCAGCCGGUCAAAGAGGGUCCGUAGUCGGUUAAGCAAGUCUCACUCUCCGCUCCGUACACCUAUGAAGGUCAUGAAGCCGAAGACUAAGACUGUAGUCGGGAAGAAAAAGACAGCCACUUCCCCAGCAGCGAAGAAAGCUGCAGCAGCCAAACCAACAAAGAAAUCAACUGCUAAAUCAUCUGUCUCCACUUCGCCUGUUCCCAAACCGGCUACAAAGACCACCAAGAAAACAGCCAAGGCACCAGCAAAAGCUACUAAGACAACGAAAGCUGGCAAGACAGCAGGCAAAGACGCAGCUAGCAAGAAAAAGUAACUCUUUCAUUUGUAUGAACUCUGUGUUAAAUAUAGCUUUAUUUGAAGCAGUUUGAAAUUAUCUAUUUAUUUGUUCUUCGCGUAAUUAAUAUCCAUAUUAACUUUCGUCUGUUUAUUCAAAUUAUUAAAAAUUAAUUAAAAUUCAAGUGUUUUUCUGUUUGUUGAUAUUACAAUUGGGUUUAUAAUAAUACCGAUAGGGCCUUCAACUUUGGUUACAAAUGUUUAUUUAAACUACAAAACAUUAUUUAAAUUAACUGCAUUUUCUGUGUUUGUUACAAAUUGUUACAAUUGAGUUUACAAGAAUAAUAAUUCAAAUAGGGCCUACAACUUGCACUUGUAGAAACAAUUAAUUGUAAAGCAAGAACACUCUGGAAAUUCCUGGGUCACAACUGAACCAAUUUUAUACCUCACUGGUGGGGCCUGACUCAUUUCCGGGUCAAGCUGGGUACCAAAAAUAGAAAGAGAAAAACAAGUAAAUGUUGACUUGUGUUUUCAUGGGAUCCACGUUCGAUUUAAAUUCGACCCUGUGAUUUUUAGAGUGCAGUAUGCCUUUAUUUCAGAUGGCUGUUUCAAGUUAUUAUUUAUACGGCUGUUUAAUGUUAUUUGUUUGUUCUUAAGUAUUUUGUGUUUUAUUUGUAUAGGGAUGCGGGGGGGGGGGGGACAAGUCACUUUUGAUGUAAAUUUUGUUAAAGCCUCUAUGUAUUUUUUAAUGCACUUUUUGGGGUUAUCCACAAACGUUUGCCUGUAUACUAUUUGGUAAGGGCGAAAUUCUGUUUUUUUUUACUUUUAUAUUUAUUUUAUCAAAAGAAAAACGUAAA